AUGUCAAAUGCAUCUUUUCCUGCAGGUGGAUGGAGGUUCGCCUCUUACCGUGAGUCUCGUACCUUUGUCUGGCAGAGGUUGGGUUCCAAGUUUGCUGAGGUAGAUGCGGUGGAUGAGGAUUUGCAGCAAAAACUUCGAGCCGCGUUGGAGGAGGUCCACCACUUGCGUGAUCGCGUCAAGAAGCUCUGUGAUGAGUUGGAGGCAGGGGUGAGCAAGAAGAGCAAUGGCUGGACCGGAGUUGCUGGACCUACGGGGAUUGCCAGGCUUCAGCAGCUUCUGAAAGGCUGUGAGGAGGCCACUGCCCGGCAUGCGAAGUGCAUGCUGAGCGUCAAAGGCCUCCAGUCUGCUUGCGAUGACAUGUCGACCUGGAAAGUCCUCGUCUUAUGCGAGCCUGUUUGCGACCGUGAGCCCUGGCAAGGAUAUGUGAAGGAUCCUCGAUGUGUGAGGCAGAGUGAGCUUCGGGACCUAGAGAAGGACCCUGGGUUCUGGCGCAGGCUGGACCUUGCGCUCAAGUUUCUUUGGCCUAGUCCUUUGAAGACUGAGCUAAGCGAAUCUCAAAGUGGGGCUGCUGACGAUGCAGGAGCUGCGGAAGGCUGCAGUGAUUGCGUGGCUCCUCUUGGCAAGGCGAAGGCUCCAGGUCCACCACCUCCAGGAGGCUUUGGCAAUCGCUCACCUCGCGGCUCUUUGCCUAAACCACCUCCACCAAAGGCAAAGGGCAAAGGCCCAGGCAUUGCUCCACCGCCCAGCAAGGCCAAAGCCAGAAGUCUCACAAGAUCUUUGACUGAUUCGGAGCUCGCAGAUUUGAGGGACGAUCCAGUGCAGCAGUCUGCUCGGCUGGUGAACUUGCACUGGCGAGCUUCACAAGGGCCACCGGAGGAAACAGAGAUUGAUGUUGGCAAAGAUGGGUAUUUGCAGGGCAUGGCCAAUGUGAUGGAAAGGUGGGACUUGGACCGCACGGACAGAAUGAGGCAGAGCAUCAGCUGCUUUGAAAGUCGAGUCGGCCUAUCAGUCGCCAAAUUCGGAAGCUUUGUUGAGGAGCAGAGCCAAGUUGAGCCAGAACGCGGUUUAACGGCUUCGGGAAGACGCCGUCGACGAACCGUUUUUAAUGCGAUGACAGACGUGCCUGUUUUAGAGCUACAGCACCACCAGUUGGAAGAAUUCUUCCAAGCUCGCGCAGCAACCUUCGACAUUUGUGCCCGAGCAUCUUGCACAGCAGAUGUCACAUCGUUGAUAGUGGACAGCACCCAUCAACGCAUGCUGGACUUGAUGGUGCGCGGAGCAGCGAUCCAGAAGCAGGAUGGGGUGGAGAAUGCAGUCUCUGACUUACUCACUGCCCUAGUACGCUGCGACACCGCUCGCCUGAGCAGCUCAAUUUUGGGUGAUCUCAGAAAGGUGGUGCCUUCAUACUUGGAUGGCAGCAAUCCAAGUAUCCUUUCUUUCGUCGAGAGCCGAGGGACUGAAGCCUUGUCAAGGCUGGAGCAUCCUCAUCUCCAUCGCCUUCUCUUUGGCUUGGUGCGAAUACCCGCCAUUGCUGCAAGGCUGGAGUGCAUGGCCUUCGUGCAAAAGUUCUCGGAGGAACUCGAGACAUGCAAGGACAACCUGGACUCCCUGUGGCGGGCUCUUCUGCAAAUCUGCAGACGGCUGCCGGCCAUCCGCCGAUUCUGGGCAACAGUGCUGCAAGUGGGAAAUGCCUUGAAUACUGGCUCCAUGGCGAACACGACGGAGCGAGGCUUCAGACUUAUCAGCAUCUCCAAGUUACUGGACUUGAGAUCACCAUUUCGUCGCGACGUAUCCUUGUUCCACUUCGUUCUCAUGCACUUGCAGGUCAAGGACGUGAAUGACUUAUGCGCCCCAGAAUUCUUGGAUGCCCUGCAAUCUGCCCACCUCAGACGUGCAUACACAGUUCACCACGACGUCCUCAGUCACUUGGAAGGCUUCCGCCACAUGGAAAACCUCGUCGAGACUGGGGUGUUCAAAGGUGAGAAAAUCCCUUGCUUCACUCCUGCCCAAGAGGGAGAAGCUGAGCUGUCAAGAAAGGAAGACUGUUUCUUCCUUUGCAUGAAGAGCUUUGUGGCAACUUCACGGUCAGCUUGUGCGGAGAUCUGGAAACGAAGCUCCGAGAUGCUCCAAGGCUACAGAGAAGUGAGUCUCUAUUUCGAGGAUCCCGCGUUUGUGUACCCUCCGCCUAAAGACGACCAGGAUGGGAAGCGUGAUUUCUUUGGCCUCUUGCACAGCUUUGCCACAGACUGUGCCAGAGUCAAGCAGGACAUUGAAGUCCUGGCUCUUGCCACGGAUGUAUGGUCACAAUGCCGUUUUGCCCCGCCAUACUUAGACAUUGGGCCAGCGCAGGACCCUCGCAGCUUUUCUGAGAUUGCAGGAGAGCGUGAAGGCGUGGAGCGGGCACUCCCAGAACCAAAGCCAGGCAGGCACGACUUGGACAUGGUCCGAUCCAAGAUGCCCAGCCCACAGAGACCGCCGCAUACGCUCGCUGAAGGACCCGCGCUGCCGGGCAAGGUCUUCGCUGAACCUCCAAGUUCAGCUGGCACAUCUCCAGCGCAAAAUGAUCCCGCAGCUCCUGCAGCUCCUUUGCUGAGUCCGACUCUGCUCACAUCGCCCGACAAACAAGGACCUUUGCUGGGCUCGGGCUUGCUAGGCAAGAUGGAGAUGCCAUCUGUGCCACCACCAGAUAGAGCACCAAAGAGAGCCUCGAGUGGCCGGUCCACGUUGGUCUUGGGAGCUCCGCCGCUGCAAUUGUCACCUGGAGCCACGGGACCAGGACACCAGUCCCUGAGCCCCGGUUUGCCUACAACACCUGGCUCCACAGGGUCGCGACAAUGCAGGACUCCGGAGCCGGCUUACGACAGGCUUGCCAGGAAGAGUCUCACGAGACAAGUUGAUCGGGACUGUGCUGAGUAUCUGGGGCCAGCGGCGCGGAUUCGCGGCGAUUCUGGGUCAUCCCUGAAUUACACAAGCUCCUCGCAGACCUCUUGCUUGAGUCCAGUCUCCUCGUCUGGAUCAGGAGGGAGUGCGAGGUCAAGCAUGUGCCCGUCUGAUCUCAAGACACAGCUUCGAGAUGUCUGGAAACGCAGAACUCACACCGGGAGCAGAGAGGCGGAGCCGCAGCCUCGCACGCUGAAAAGUCCAAAUACCUCAGCUGUGGAGGCAGCUUGGCUAAGUAUGGAGUUUGCGGCAAGGACACCAAGGCAAUCCAGGACGACAUCACUUUCGCCGGUCAAGGAGCAGGGGGAGACCCCUCACCGACCUGUCAUGUGCCAAUAG